UGAAGACGGAACCUGAACUACAAAUCCCAGGAUUCGUUAAUGAGCACGGGACUUGAUUCUGCACAAAGGUCUCAGGUCCCUUGCUCCUGCAGGGAUCUGAAGGACGCCAUCCAGUCUUCGCUGUAAAAUUAAUUACAGGUUUCACCAUGGGGCGGCUGGACGGGAAAGUCAUCGUCCUGACGGCUGCAGCUCAGGGGAUCGGCCGGGCGGCCGCCUUAGCUUUUGCAAGAGAAGGUGCCAAAGUCUUAGCCACAGAUAUUAAUGAGUCCAAACUUCAGGAACUGGAAAAGUACCCAGGGAUUCAAACUCGUGUCCUUGAUGUCACAAAGAAGAAACAAAUUGAUCAAUUCGCCAGUGAAAUUGAGAGACUUGAUGUUCUCUUUAAUGUUGCUGGUUUUGUCCAUCAUGGAACCGUCCUGGACUGUGAAGAAACAGACUGGGACUUCUCAAUGAAUCUCAACGUCCGCAGCAUGUACCUGAUGAUCAAGGCUUUCCUUCCCAAAAUGCUUGCUCAGAAAUCUGGCAAUAUCAUCAACAUGUCCUCAGUGGCUUCCAGCAUCAAAGGAGUUGUGAACAGGUGUGUGUACAGCACAACCAAGGCGGCCGUGAUUGGCCUCACCAAGUCUGUGGCUGCAGACUUCAUCCAGCAGGGAAUCCGAUGCAACUGUGUGUGCCCAGGAACAGUUGAUACUCCAUCUCUGCAAGAAAGAAUACAAGCCAGAGAAAACCCUGAAGAGGCGCUGAGUGAUUUCCUGAAGAGACAAAAGACGGGAAGGUUUGCAACCGCGGAAGAAGUAGCCCUGCUCUGUGUGUAUUUGGCUUCUGAUGAAUCUGCCUACAUCACAGGUAACCCUGUGGUCAUCGACGGAGGCUGGAGUCUGUGAUUUCAGGGCCCUGCAGGGAAGGCGGGCCCUACCUGUGCACAGGCAACUGGUUAUGAAGAGAAGCCACAGAUCAGCAAUUAAUGACAUUUUCAUCAAAAUAAGCUCUUUUUAGUAACUGUUUCUGGGUCUGAUUCUCUGAAUAUAUUAAUCUGUUUCUAAUCCUUUCUGAAAUCAUUGUAAAUUGAGGAAAUAAAAAAUAUUGAACUCAU